AUGCUUUCCACAAUCACCCAAGUAGAGAACUCCCUCCUGAUCCUCAACGGAGAAACCCUGCACAAAUUCACAGACGGAAAGCGAACGGACAUUCCCCUCCACAGCAAAGCCCUUUUCAUAGAGAAAUCGUACAUUUUAACGGAGAAAAAAGAAGUCCUCCACGUAGAGAACGAGACAGUCCGCCUCCUGGGAACCCUCCAGAAGACUCCCAGCAUCCUCGCAGAAGAGAGCGGCUGCUUAUACGUAACAGACAGAACAGGAGCCGUAUACAGAAUGCACAGUAAACCCCACACUCCAGAAUCCCCGAAUAUCCCAGAGCAUAUUUUCGGAUCUAUCUCCCUGAUAACAGAAAUGAAAAUAUCAGGUAAUUUUAUCAUAACCUCAGAUAAAGACAGUAAAAUCCGCAUCACAAACAAGGAGUACCCCCAUAGGAUAGAAGAGUACGUCCUCCUCCACAGCAGACCCAUCCUAUCUGCAACUCUCCUGCACGGAUGCAUAGUCGCAGGCGGAUACGACCCGUAUCUCUCCAUCUACUCCCUCGACACAAAAAAAACAAAAAUUUUGGACCUGAAAACCCUGACCCUGAAAUCCGUUAAAAAUCUCAACUUCCCAGGCGUACAGGACCCAGCAAACAUCCCAAACAUAAACACAGAGACUUCCCCCGCAGUAAAAAAGAUACUCGCAGCAGGAGACUUCCUCCUCCUCAUAUCCCCAGGUAAGACCCUCCUCGUAAAAAUCCCCCACUCCGGAGAAGGCACCCUCCCCGCAUUCCCAGUCCUCCCCCAGGAAGAAGUCGUCGACGCAGCAGCAGAAAACUCCAAAUUCACACUCCUCACGGCAGCAGGAAGAGUCUUCGAACUCGCCCCAAAUAACAGCAUAGACCCAUCCCCCCUCGCAGAACUCCAAAACUACGCCCACACAACAGAUACUUCCAUAGUAGCAAAGGCCCUGAACUAG